AUGGCGGAACAGAAGACCUGCCGCGGACCCGGAGGUGCUCCGGCGCGAGCCCCAGCGUGCUGCCGCCGCCGCCCUCGACGUCGCUUUUCGUUUGCGGUGCCACCAGCGCCGCGCCUGCCCCUUGUGCUACUAGCACUGCUCCUUCCGUCCGUGCUCUUGCCGCGCGACCAACUGCAGCGCGCAACGGCACAGCGCUCUCCUUUUUCCGCAGCCUUGCUGCUGCCUUCGCGCCUGCCGUCGCCACGGCCUCACCAGCCGCCGUCGCCCGCGCCUUCCCCACCCGCGGCCUCGUCGCCGCCUCCGCGCCUGCGUCCGCCGCGGCCUCGCCAACCACCGCCACCUCGCGCCACUCCGCGGCCUCGACGCCGCCUCCGCGCCUGCGUCGCCGCGGCCUCGCCAGCCGCUGCCGCCCGCGCCGCUCCCCUCCGCGGCCUUGACGCCGCCUCCGCGCCCGCGUCGCCGCGGCCUCGCGAGCCGCCGCCACCCGCGCCGCUCCCCUCCGCGGCCUUGUUGCCGCCUCCGCGCCCGCGUCGCCACGGCCUCGCUAGCCGCCGCCACCUCGCGCCGCUCCCCGGCCUCGUCGCCGCCUCCGCGCCCGCGUCGCCGCGGCCUCGCCAGCCGCCGCUGCCCGCGCCGCUCCCCUCCGCGGCCUCAACGCCGCCUCCGCGCCCGCGUCGCCGCAACCUCGCCAGCCGCCGCCGCCCGCGCCGUUCCCCUCCGCGGCCUCGACGCCGCCUCCGCGCCCGCGUCGCCGCGGCCUCGCCAGCCGCCGCCGCCCGCGCCGCUCCCUUCCGCGGCCUCCACGCCGCCUCCGCGCCCGCGUCGCCGCGGCCUCGCCGGCCGCCGCCGCCCGCGCCGUUCCCCUCCGCGGCCUCGACGCCGCCUCCGCGCCCGCGUCGCCGCGGCCUCGCCAGCCGCCGCCGCCCGCGCCGCUCCCCUCCGCGGCCUCGACGCCGCCUCCGCGCCCGCGUCGCCGCGGCCUCGCCGGCCGCCGCCGCCCGCGCCGCUCCCCUCCGCGGCCUCGACGCCGCCUCCGCGCCCGCGUCGCCGCGGCCUCGCCGGCCGCCGCCGCCCGCGCCGCUCCCCUCCGCGGCCUCGACGCCGCCUCCGCGCCCGCGUCGCCGCGGCCUCGCCGGCCGCCGCCGCCCGCGCCGCUCCCCUCCGCGGCCUCGACGCCGCCUCCGCGCGCGCGUCGCCGCGGCCUCGCCAGCCGCCGCCGCCCGCGCCGCUCCCCUCCGCGGCCUCGUCGCCGCCUCCGCGCUCGCGUCGCCGCGGCCUCGCCAGCCGCCGCCGCCCGCGCCGCUCCCCUCCGCGGCCUCGUCGCCGCCUCCGCGCUCGCGUCGCCGCGGCCUCACCAGCCGCCGCCGCCCGCGCCGCUCCCCUCCGCGGCCUCGUCGCCGCCUCCGCGCUCGCGUCGCCGCGGCCUCACCAGCCGCCGCCGCCCGCGCCGCUCCCCUCCGCGGCCUCGUCGCCGCCUCUGCGCUUGCGUCCGCCACGGCCUCGCCAGCCGCCGCCUGCGCCAUUCCUCCACCUCCCCACCGCUUCCGCCACCUUCGCGCUUCCCUUGCAGCCGACAAAUCUGCCAUUAACUGGCACUCGUUCGUCGGCAGCAUCCGACGAGUCCUCGACGAUGCGUGGAUCCCCCCCUACCGCGUCCUUGACGUCAUCCUCCGCCGCCCCCAUGCCCUCCCCCCCACCGAACCUGACCACCCCGGCGAGACCCCUCCUCUCCCUCCCCCUCCUGGCGACCCUCCCCUUGAGCCCGAGCUCCAGACCGCCGCCGACCAAGCCACCGCAGAUGCCGAUUUCAUUAUGCGUCGCCGUGCCUACCUCAUCCGCAAAGCCGAGUACGAUGCAGUAGCUGAUGCCUACGCCCAGGCGGUUGCUGGCCGCAAUGCUCACCUCGCCGUAGUCGCCAAAUACAACGACGAUAUGGCUACCUUCACUCCUAAGUUCAUCGCCUGGUCAGCCGCUGACAACCGAGCAUGCACCGUCAUCCUUGGUGCUCUCCCUGACUCCCUCAUGCGCCGCUUCCAGGCCCGGGAACUCCGUGCCUCGGUGAUAUGGGCAGAACUCCAUGCUAUGUUCGAACGCCGCGACAUCAACUCAGUGGGAAUCCUCUUCCAGGAAUAUUUUUCUAUUACCCUCGCCACCUGUGACGGAGCAGUAGACUAUGUCGGCCGCAUGCGAGAGGUAGCUGAUCGCCUCGAAGCUCGCCAAGCCGGUCUCUCCGAACCCCUCCAAAUCCAUCGCCUCCUCUUCAACCUCACCCCAGACUAUGAAUCCCGCCUUCACGCCUUUACCGAGGCCAAUCCCAUGGCCGAUCUCGCUUCUGUUGAACAGUGGAUCAUCGAUACCGAAGUCAAGCUUCGCACCCCUAUGGUCAACCUCGCCUCCUCCCAACCUUCCUCCUCCUCUCUCAACGCUACCCAGCCCCGCAAGCAGGGCAAAGGCAACGGCAAAGGAGGAAGUGGGGGCAAGGGAGGCAGCGGUCAAGGAAACAGCAGCGCAAGCAGCCGUGGUGGCUCCACUGGGGAUGAGCACGGCACCCCCACAACAUCUUCUGCAGCAGCAGCAGCAGCAGCUGUUCCAGCAGCAACCACCGCCGCAGCAGCAGCAGCAGCAGCAGCAGCAACCCCCAUGGGGACCCAGGCUCCCACCCCAGUGGGGACCCAGCACUCCCCCCUGGCAGCAGCAGCAGCUGAACUUCAGCACGGCAGCCACAACUGCUCAGACCUCCCCUGCUCCCCUGUGGGGUGCCCCACCUCCUCCUGGUAG